CAACGCAGUAAACAGCUGUUUAUUGUUUUUUCGAAUUAGUUUCAUUACAAUUGGAACCGAAAUGCAAACAACGCACAAAUUUGGCGGCUGUCCCUGGAAACAGGCGAACUACAAUUACGGCGACGGCAUUAUAGGACUUCACGAAGAGAUCGAACACUUCUAUAGAUAUAUACUGCCUACACCCACUGAGCAUGCCGUGCGCAUUGAGGUGGUGAAACGCAUUGAGAGCAUCAUCCACGAGCUCUGGCCGCAAGCGCUGGUGGAGAUCCUUGGCUCCUUUCGCACUGGCCUCUUUCUGCCCAACUCAGACAUUGAUCUCGUCGUGCUGGGUCGUUGGGAGAAGCUGCCGCUGCGCUCCCUCGAAUUGGAGCUCUUGAGGCGUGACAUUGUGAAGGCUGGAACGAUGCGUGUGGUGGACACGGCUGUGGUGCCGAUCAUAAAGUUCACGGACAGUAAAACACAGAUAAAGCUGGAUGUAUCCUUCAAUAUGUCCGACGGCAUUCAGUCCGCGGAAAUGAUCAAACAGUUUUCGCGCGAUUAUCCAGGUCUGGGCAAGCUGGUCCUGGUGCUGAAACAAUUCAUGCUGCAGCGCAAACUCAGCGAGGCAUUCAGCGGCGGCAUCUCAUCAUAUUCACUGAUACUCAUGUGCAUCAGCUUUCUGCAAUUGCAUCCGCGUGACAAUUUCCAUGCCCAGGCAAAUCUGGGCGUUCUGCUCUUGGAGUUCUUUGAACUGUAUGGAAUACGCUUUAAUUACGCACAAAUUGGUAUUUCCAUACGACAUGGCGGGUGCUAUAACCGAAAGGAAAACACGUUCAUCGGCUCCAAGCAAUCGGCGUUGUCCAUCGAUGAUUCGCUGCAGAAUGGCAGCGACGUGGCGCGCAGCAGCUUUGCCAUUGUAAGCGUCAAGCAGGCCUUUCAAUGGGCCUACCGUGUCCUCAGUCAGGCAGUGUAUCCACAAGGCGAGUGCCAACUACGUCACAACGCCGCCUCCUCUUCCAUAUUGGGUUGCAUUAUUCAGAUAACUGAUGAACUCGUCGACUAUCGUGCCUGGUUGCACGAGAACUUUGACCACUUGGUUGUCGUGGAGUCCAUCUCACCCUUGUACGGACAGAUCAAUGGAGCCGCGGCGUAUGUAACCUUGGCAUCUGGUGCAGUGGAGCAACGGAUUUAUCAAACACAACCGCAAUCAGUUCCGGCUUUUCAUCAUCUUAGCAACAUCUGUCCGAGGCAUGAGUCGAGCUCCUCCAGUACUGAGGAGCCUACAACAGCUGUUAUCGUAGUCUCUUCUGAUGAAAUGGAUGUGUGCUCCUGACAUUUCUUGGGCAUUCGAAAAUAUUUAAUUUAUAAAUACGUUUAAACAAUAAGAAUAUAAUUGUAACAUGAAAAAGAUUUCCCUAAAAACGGGGAAUCAAAAAAAAUGCAAAA